GAUUGAUCUUUUAAUUUUACCGGUCAGACGGUUGAAGUUGUGCGGCCGUGCCGAGAAGUGUGAAAAUGGAUCAAACUUUCGCGGGAAAAUUAAAGGCCCGAUGUUACUCUGAAGUUCCAGUGUGGGUCGUAGAGGACCACAAUGAUGUUCUUCCACAUAUUUACCGUGCCAUUGCCUCACGUCACCUGCCAUUCCAAGGGGUAACCAUGCUUCACUUUGACUCUCACCCAGACUUGCAGAUAGCCACGGAGAUGGACGCAGACACAGUCUUUGACAGGCUUGAAUUGUUCAGUUCCCUGAGCAUUGAGAAUUGGAUCCUUCCGGCAGUGUACGCCGGACACAUCGGUGGCGUGGUGUGGAUCAAGCCGCCCUGGGCUGACCAGCUCCCCGAGGGCAGCAGACGGGUCGCUGUCGGCAAACACACUAGGUCCAAAAAACUCAGAAUCAGUUGGCCAGACAGCUACUUCUUGAGUGACCUCCUCUACGCUCCGGAAGAGGACAUGGAAAGUGCUAAGGAGUUAGAUGUGGACGUGAUUACCAUGGUAACAGAGCUAUUACCAAUAGCCUCAAGAACAUCCCCCUUCACCGAUCAAAAUCAUGGGAGUAGUGUGCCAAGUGACGAAAUAAGAACAACUAGCCAAUGCAAUUUGAAUAAAGAGACUUUGGAUAUUAGUCAGACGACUGAAGCGAAUGAUCAUCAGGGUCUGUCGAGUGGGGUUUCCAGUUGUGAUCACGACACCGUGAACAGUCCCCAUGGGAAGACUUCAUUUAAUCAUGAAGGACAGAGUGGCGAUUGCCAUGAAAGUAUCACAGGAAAACCUGCACGUGGUGGCAGUCUCGAAAUAGCGAACAGCGGUGAAACGUCAAACGGGAUGAAGAGAAAGCGGAGCAUGGCGGAACACCCACAUUCGCCAUCAGGGAAUCUGUGCGGGCUUCACGACGUCACAGGAGCUGCCAUGGAGAAGGGCUCGGGCACUGUUCUGGACAUCGACCUUGAUUUCUUUUCGACCAGGAAUCCAUUCAAGGAGAUGUACUCGCAGUUCCAGUUCCGUUUAUUAGAGGAGUUGUACAGCUAUGAAGGUCCUGCAGACGAAAGCGAAUCAGCUCUGGCAGAAUGCAUGCUGAGGAGGGCUGACCAGCUCAGUCAGUUGGAGACGGCCCUCAAGGCAGCUGUUAGCGGUCAGGAAAGGGCAGAGACGGUGUCCCAGGAAAGGUUCCAAAAAGUGCAAUCUCUUGUAGAAUCCCUCCGAGCCACCAGCACCGAUGACAGUGAGCCCAUAGAUGCCGAGAUGAUCCACAUGGCGGGCCUGACCUGCGACAACAGCGGCGAACUCCCGCAUCACGUCAGCAGCGAGGAGGAAAUUCACAGCCUCGUGGCUGCCAUGGAAACCCUGUUGUCACGGUUACCCAGGCCGGUCAUGGUGACAGUUGCUAGGUCUUCUCACGACGACUAUUGCCCACCAGAGCAAGUGGACCAAAUCCAACAGAAGGUUCUCCGAAUGCUGCAAAAUGUCUAUGGCAAAGUCGCUGUACACUUGGACUACAAGAACGAAGAAGAAAACUCUGACAAGACAUCAGCAACACAGUGCUGAAAACUUUUAGUCGAAACUAAUCGACGUCUGGUCACAUAUUUCCCUCAUGACUUUAAGGAAUGGUGGUCGAAUUUUGAACAGGACACUGGACGACAUCAUCAAUGCAAUGAGCAACAAUUAAUCUUACUAGCAUUUCUUUUUUUUAUCUUUAAACUGUAUAUUUAUUGAAGUUUAAAAUUUGUUAAUAAAAUACUUCAUAUCGGGAAUCAGGAACUGGGUGAAAGAACUGAACUGAAAAAAAAUUAAGUACAGGAGGCAUCUUUAUUGUCCACAAUAUUCUCCAGUUUAGCAUCAUUGAGCUCAGGAAAAAGCUAAUUAAAAUUUACGUAUGCAACCAUCUUUUCAUGCGUAACUUGGGCGAUGUUCGCGCUGAGAACUACACCCAUGCGACAGUCGAAUACUUGCAUGCGUGCGCUUGGUAAACAGCAAAAAUAGCAUCUGGCACGUGAUGGUGAAAGAGAACCAGUGACAAUUUGGCUCUUGAUCAUGAAUAUGUAUGAGGUAUGUAUGAUGUAUGAAUAUGUAUGAGGUAUGAAUAUGUAAGGCGCAUGUAAUGUGAAAUCCUAUUGGUCAAAAGUGCACUGAACGCACAUAACACUUUCAGGCAAACUAGGUGCAACCUGAGAAAUAUCUUCCAAUAUGUGUAGUAGAGAAUAUCAGUGUAUCAAUAAAUCCAAGUUGACAUCAGUUGUCAGG